AUGAAGCUAUCACCAACAUCUGGUUUGCUGAACAGUAGUUAUCCUACUUCACCCUAUCAGAAUCUUGAUUCAACAACUUGUGUCGCGCCCACAGAUAUUCCGUUUUUAUGUCGUCCUGGAUUUGUGAGGAGCGUAAGUAGCACAUUGGCUAGCAGCCGAGUUAGCACUGACUCUGGCCUUGCCAGCCAGGAUAGUCCAGCUUCUGAUCAAGCCGGUCUGACUUUCAGACCAAACCCCGGAUCACUCACCACUCAUAAUGAAGCUAGUUCCUUCAAUGGCUCUCAGCCACUACCUUGUUCGCAACGAACUCUUGACAUACCAAACAGUGCUAUCAAAAGUCAUCGCUGUUUGCUCCGGCCUAUUCGACCAAUCAGACCCAGGCAAUCUUCUCUUUCAGCUUCAUCAAAAGCAAAAUCGCCAUUUGGCCGGCAAGUAUACACCAGUUUAACUCAGGAUCAACUGGCCCAAGAGAAUUCAACAGGGCCCUCCUCUCUCCUUUCCUCUAGCACCCAAUCAGCCUUGAACAACUCGUUUUCAGAAUCUUUUUCCAUCCUUAACCAGCUUUCUCCAGGUUGUCAACCAAUUAAUAGUAAGCAAUCACUUUUUUAUCCCUCUUCUGUGCUCCACCCUCCCCUUGAUAGUUCUCCCACAUGGAUAACUGCAGCUUUAAAAGGGGAUAGUGCGCCUCAUCCUCUAAAGCUAUCUUCGGCAUCUGCGCGCGAUCACAACAGGAGUCGUAUAUACUUGAUAGAUCUCGCCAGAGAGGCGGGUUUGCCUGUGGCCGAUAGUCUCGAGAAUCUCAUCGCCUUGGCUCAGGCGUACUUAGUGAACACCUAA